AUGGAUUGGAUGAAUUUUAUCUUAAUGGACUUAAUUGCCACCCCUAGUUAUCUGGGCGUCUUUACCUCAGUACCGUACAACCUCCUUCACCACAUGCGAGCUACUCCCUCCGUCAAUUUCUUCCAACCACAUUCAACUCCCUGUUCCCGUCCGUCUCUUCUAUCUGCUCAGACAACCACUCAAACCCACAAUAACCCACGUCCAACCAUACUCCUUGCUGCCAUUAUGUCAACCACCGAAACAACUACACAACAGUCCUCCGAAGUUCUAGCGGUUACAACCUCUUAUUUUGAGACUUGGGUAAUUACUUUCAUCAUUAUUUUUAUUAUAAGCUUAAUUUCUAGUUUGUCAUAA